AUGAACGGGUCGCCGGUGACCAAGCGGCCGCGCGACCACUCCCCUCCCUCACAACGGUCCUCGAAGCGCCGUAGACCGGUCAGUUCCACAAUAUCCGAGUCAGGAACAGUCGAGAGCUCAUCGUUCUUUCACAACUUGGGCCAGCGCUUCAUGUCGUGGUGGAACAGUGAGACUCCGACAGCUCCCUCACUGAGCUCGAGGAACGGUUCUCCCUCACGUAGGGGCAAACGUCGUGCCAGUGUUCGUCGCCGCCCGGAGAAUAACGGUCACGUCAUCGAGCUCGUCGACGAUGACUCUGAUGAGGACGACAUCGAUGCCUCGGAGAAGGCAGCUGCCGCUGCAAAGAGGAGGCGGAGCAAGCAGGUCGCCGCUCGUUCCACCUUGAACGACCAUGUCCUCCCUUCUCACGCCGGGCCCAGCGUGAUCGCCGACAGUCCUAUGCCGUCGUCACUCAACAUCCAUCCUUAUUUGGAUGAGACGCUCUUCAAGACCAGGUUUGCUGCUGCUCCAGCCACACCAACCUCUGGUGGGACGCCGUCUUCGGCGUCGCCAACUGCAACCCAACCCCACCGCCAUCCGGAUACCACAGACCGGCCCAUUCGACGAUAUGACUGGGAGAGGCCAUCAUCCUUGGGCUCUCCCAGGAGCGAUGUCUCCAGCUGUUCAAGUCGUCCUCUCAAGGACAGCUCUCCUACCAAGCACGGCUUUAAGAGCAAGAAGAGUCUGCGGCAUUCCAGCGACCACCGUCAGCUCGACAUGGUCGAUCAAUACAUGCGGCGACUGGAGGGCAUGGGGGCGGCUGACGAGCUCUUAGCUUUCAGGCGCGUGAAGGCUGAAAUGCAAUUGGAGCAAUCUCGAUCGUCUUCGAAGAAGAUGCUCCGCCGAGCUCGCAGCGUGGGGAACCUUGGGCAGCCAUCGAAGGGUCUCAGUGCCUUUACAUCCGAUCUGCGCAAGACUUUGGACGAAGCCUCUUUGCCGAAGCAGCCCACGUAUAACCUAGUCCGGCCCCACCAGAAGCGAGAGAUACCGGCCCUAUGGGAGCCACUCGACAGUCCUCUCCAUCGGCAACAGCAGAUCGAGAAGACUGUGGCUGAGCGGAAGAUCAAACUCGCUCUUUCUCGUGCCGGUCCCCCUAUUCCAAGCAAGUUGACGCCCAGCCAAGCUGCCAUCGUGGACGACACACUACAUGACCCCCAUUUCCAGGUCACUGUUGGAGCUGAGCAGAUCAACGCGGCGUCGAUUCGCCGUCUACGGCCUGGUCAGUGGCUCAACGACGAAGUUGUGAACUGCUACGCGCAGCUCAUCAACUUGAGGUCCUCCAAGGGGGAUCCAAGUGACCGUGUCCAUUGCUGGAACUCGUUCUUUUACCAGAAGCUCUCGGACCAGGGCUAUGUCGGAGCCAAUCUGAAGCGGUGGACCAAGAGGUUCAAGCUCGACAUCUUCUCUCUCCACAAGAUGUUAGUUCCUAUCAACCACAACAACGCCCACUGGGUAUGUGCAGUCGUUGAUUUCCGGCGUCAACGGAUCGAGUAUUAUGACUCGAUGCACGACAGCGGCAACAGGAUGAGUGUGUUCCAGAACCUGCGCGAUUACCUCAAGGCCGAGCACAAGGAGAAGAAGGGUACCGUGCUCAACCUUUCUGGUUGGACAGAUGCAUUCAACCCGGGAUCUCCAAAGCAAGACAACGUCAACGACUGUGGUGUCUUUGCAUGCCAGACGCUAGAAAUGGCGUCGCGCGGGCGCGACCUUAUCGACUCCAAGUUCGAUUUCAAACAGUCCAACAUGCCUUUCUUCCGUCGCCUCAUGAUUGUCGAGAUCGCUUCUGGGGAGCUGGCCCAGCGUCCCUGGUCUCGACUUGCCGACGCAUAG